UUUCAUAUUUACUAGAAUAUAAUCACUUGGAAACUUUAUUCAACACCAAAACAAUGCGCUCAAUUGGAAAAGGUAGCUUCGGUGAAGUAUUUAAAGUGCAAAAGAAUUACAAUAUUAAAAAAUACGCCAUUAAGAUAAGCGAUUUAUCAGGCAGAAAUAUAUCGGAAACGGACAAACAAAACAUGUUAGACGAGACAAAAAAGUUGAUAAGAGAGCGCUCCAAAUAUGUGGUCGAGUAUUUCAAUUCAUGGAUCCAGAACAAUUGUUUAUACAUUCAAAUGGAGUUGUGUCAUGCUAAUUUGAAAGGUCUAUUGAAAAUUAAACGAAAUAUAUCCAACGGGCUACCGGGUGUCGCGUCGCAAAUGCUCGACCUUUACCUAUCAAUAGAAAUAUUUCUCGAAAUCACAGAAUGUGUGCAAUAUUUGCAUCGAGAUCGUAUCAUUCAUAGAGACCUCAAACCAGAUAAUGUGUUGGUCGGUUCGGAAGAGAUGUUUUCGGACAAACAUUGCUUAAAGUUAUGUGACUUCGGUUUGGCUAAAAUCGCGGUAAAUAUCGAUUUAUUCAAUAUGACCGGGGAUGUCGGAGACGCCCAAUAUAUGGCACCCGAGGCUAUGGCCAAUGUGUACGACCAUCGGAUAGACAUCUAUAGUCUGGCAAUCAUUGGGGCAGAAAUUUUUGGUUUUGAUAAAAAGGAGAUAAUUUUGGGAAAUGACAAGCAGAUUACGAACCAAGAAAAGAAUUUGCAAAUAUUGUCGGAAGAAAUUCAAAACCUAUUUGUUUUAAUGAGUAUUAAUGAGUACCGACGAAAUGGUUCAACCGAUUGGAGGGAGAGACCCGAAUGCGUCGACAUUUUGUCUCAAUUACGACUCAUACGCAAUAAGCUGUUUGAUGAAAAUGGUUCACUAUUUUUAUGGCCACAAUAUAAGAACAUCAUUUUUAAGUCGCCCAAAAGAGAUGAUCCCAAUUGA